AUGCCUUCGCGGAAACGAUUCUCUUUUACUGUUAACUCUGAAACAAAACCGCGAGGGCCAGCGCUUCCUUCAGAGAAUGAAUUUAGUAUUGAAAGUAUCCUAGAAGCAAUUGGACCUGAUAUCCGGAACACUUUGGAUUCAAUCGCGGAGAUAUGUGGACGCAGCAAACUUAGCCUUGCCAACGAGUAUGGAAGCCACAUCGCACCGUUAGGUGAAAUCCGUGCUCCUCCCGGCGGUUUGGUAACCGUCGAAGAAGCUAGCCCAGACCAUGAGCGACAACCUGCCGACAAUGAGGCCAGUCUUGAGGAUGAGAACAGCAAUACGGACUGGAGAGAUCGGCAACAACUCUCGUACUCCGGCUACAGGGAGGGCGUCCGGCAAGCCGCCGCAGCCCAUAAUGCAGCAUCACGACCGACAGGCUACUUCUCUAUGGGUGAGGGGUCGUCUGCCCAAGUUGAACCUGAUACCCCGGGGUCAGCCAUGGUCUCUUAUCCUGCAUUCGACCCGGAUCCUCAACUCCCAUCUCUCUCAGCGACUAGAGAGUUUACAUCAUCACCGAAGCCGUCCGGCCGGGCGUUGUUGGGAAGAUCAGUCGAGCCUACCGUAGACGAUAUGAAGCGCAACAAGAUCGCACCAGCUGUCGUGUCUGAGGUACAUUUGGAUGCCAAGGCAGAUUAUCCUGCGUUGCUGGUCGAUGAUGAUAGACACUCGGAAAUCAGCUCUGAUGCUUCCGGGGACCACGACUCGCAGUCCGCUCAAGCUCACAUCGUGCCCGUACUGGCAGAACUGCAAACGCUCCUCAGUUGGUUCAGGGGUACUACGCGAUCCAAUAUCCCAGAAUCAUGCCAAUCCCUACAAUCAGCAGAGACACGGCUGCGUGCAAUGCUCGAACGGCAAAAUGGUGAUCCACCUGUCGCAAUUCGAGCAACUUGA